ACCUCAAGGUCAAUCCCCUGAAAUGGUGGUGGAAUACUUGAAAAGACAAUCCUGAGACAUAAACCCACCUCCCACACCGAGACACCGAUAAAUAUUCCUCUAUAAAAACUCCAGGAGAAUUUCCACAGACUGAAAUCAUCACUGACUCCAUCGACACCAGUGAACAAAUCAAACAUAAGAUGGCACCAAUCGGCGAGUCCAAGUACAAUUACGACCUGGUGGUCAUUGGAGGGGGCUCUGGUGGCCUCGCAGCUGCCAAGGAGGCUGUGGAGCUCGGGGCCAAGGUCGCUGUUUUUGAUUAUGUGACACCAUCGCCUCAGGGUACCAAAUGGGGACUGGGGGGCACUUGUGUCAAUGUCGGAUGCAUUCCUAAGAAGCUGAUGCAUCAGGCUGCACUCCUCGGAGAGGCCAUCCACGAGGCUACGGCUUUUGGAUGGAAAAUCGAUGAACCCAAGGCCAUUGCUAAUGACUGGGCGACUCUCACAACAGCUGUGCAGAAUCAUGUUAAAUCUGUUAACUGGGUCACCAGGGUAGAGCUCAGGAACAAGAAGGUCGAGUACAUCAAUGCCAAUGGAUACUUCAAGGAUUCACACACUGUUGUUGGCAUUGAUAAAAAUGGAAAGGAGAAGGAAGUCACUGCUGACAAGGUCAUCAUUGCCGUUGGGGGUAGACCCAGGUAUCCGGAUAUUCCUGGGGCUCUCGAGUAUGGGAUCACUAGUGAUGAUAUAUUCAGCUUGAAAAGGGCUCCAGGGAAGACUCUCGUCGUUGGGGCAGGAUACAUCGGCCUUGAAUGCGCUGGCUUUCUUAAUGGUCUCGGUUAUGAUGCAACGGUGAUGGUGAGAUCGAUUGUUUUGCGAGGAUUCGAUCAGCAAAUGGCGAAUCUCGUGGCUGAGGAGAUGGAGCAACGCGGUGUCCACUUUGUUCAUCAAGCCAAACCGAAGGCCUUGGAGAAACAGGAAGAUGGUAGACUGCUGGUUCAUUGGGUUGACAAGAAUGGAGAGGUCCAUCAGGAUGUCUACGACACUGUACUAUUCGCUAUCGGUAGGCAGGCCUUGACCCCUCAAUUAAAACUUGAUAAUGCAGGGGUAAAAGUUGUGCCUGACAGCCUGAAGAUCGAUGCCACAAACGAACAAACAAAUGUCGAUAAUAUUUACGCUGUUGGAGACGUGCUACAUAAACGACCGGAACUCACUCCAGUGGCGAUUCACGCUGGAAAAUUGCUGGCAAGACGACUUUUCGGUAAUUCGGUUGAGAAAAUGGACUACAUCAACGUGGCGACGACUGUCUUCAGUCCCCUGGAGUACGGUUGCGUGGGAAUUGGCGAGGAACAAGCACUUGCUAGCCACGGGGAGGAAAAUGUCGAGGUUUAUCAUGCGUUCUAUAAACCCACGGAGUUUUUCAUUCCAGAAAAAAAUAUGUCACACUGCUACGUCAAGGUUGUGGCUCUCAAAGGCGGUGAUCAGAGGAUUCUGGGGAUGCAUUUCAUCGGACCACAUGCUGGGGAAGUCAUCCAAGGAUUUUCAGCGGCUAUGAAGUGUAACAUAACAUUCCCCCAACUGAAAGCAACAGUCGGAAUUCAUCCAACCAGUGCCGAAGAAUUCACCCGAGUUUUUAUAACAAAAAGUUCAGGGAUGGACCCAACCCCUCAGAGUUGCUGCAGCUAGGAAAUUAAUUUUUCUAAUGAGUUAAUAAAUUCUUACGAUUAAAACCGUCACAGAAGUAUUGAAACGAAAUUCUUUAUUUUGUAAAAUUAAAGAUUUUGUCUUUCCUCUUUUUGUAGAAUUUUCACAGGCUUGCUAUUAUAUAUUUUUUAUAUGUAUUGCGUCUCUAGAAAUGUACAAUUGUGAGUUCGAUAGGAGAAAAAUGUAAAAGAAACCUUUGGAGGGGUGAAAAAAUUUCUGAUAUCAGGAAUAUAUGUCACCCUCUUGUAUGAGAAAUUUUUUUACUUUCUGUAUUACUGUAUCUUACACCUUUAUUACAAAUUCGAGGAUAAUAAAACCUAAUGUCAUUAUAAA